UGUUGUAGCCUGUGGGCCCUGCAGGUGAAUUCAGCGUGUCUCUGCUGAGGGUGUGUUUGUAAUCCACUCUGGACUGAGAAAAUAUGCGGAGCUGGAGGAUCAACUUGUGUUGCUGUCGCUCUGCGCGCAUGUGUGUGAAUCUGUGGCGGCUGGAGCGGCUGGAGCGACCAGCGCGGCAUUCAGAGCUGCAAGCAGCGACACUUUGACAGCAGGGAAGCAGAGUCUCCGGAAGCAGCAGCAGCAGACGCGACGUGGACGCAGACAGUAAAAACCACCGGCAGCACGAGAGACAGACACCGAGAGACAGACACCGAGAGACAGACACCGAGAGACAGACACCGAGAGACAGACACCGAGAGACAGACACCGAGGAGGAGGAGGAGGAGGAGGAAGAAGAGGAGGUACCUGCACCCAGACUCGUUUUGCCCCGCCGCCUCCGUCCCUCCCUGUCGUCUCUCUCCUCACCCCUCGUACCUCUCGGACCGCUUCCUCGUUAAAAUGGCUGACCCCAACAGCGACGGUGAGAUGCCGGAGAGCGCGCGCGGCUUCGCCCGCCAGGGAGCCCUCCGCCAGAAGAACGUGCACGAGGUGAAGAACCACAAGUUCAUCGCGCGCUUCUUCAAGCAGCCGACCUUCUGCAGCCACUGCACGGACUUCAUCUGGGGCUUUGGGAAGCAGGGAUUCCAGUGCCAAGUGUGCUGUUUUGUGGUCCAUAAGCGCUGUCAUGAGUUUGUCACGUUUUCCUGUCCAGGGGCCGACAAGGGACCUGCGUCUGACGAUCCUCGCAGUAAACACAAGUUUCGGGUCCACACCUAUUCCAGCCCCACCUUCUGUGACCACUGUGGCUCCCUCCUGUAUGGGCUGAUACACCAGGGCAUGAAAUGCGACCACUGCAUGAUGAACAUCCACAAGCGUUGUGUGGCCAACGUUCCAAGCCUGUGUGGAACGGAUCACACAGAAAGGAGAGGACGCAUCCACAUCUCCGCCCACAUCACUGACGAUGUUCUUGCCGUCACUAUCAAAGAGGCAAAGAACCUGGUGCCCAUGGACCCAAACGGCCUAUCGGACCCCUACGUUAAGCUCAAGCUGAUUCCCGACCCCAAGAGUGAGAGCAAGCAGAAGACAAAGACCAUGAAAUGUUGCCUCAACCCCACCUGGAAUGAAUCCUUCACUUUUAAGCUCAAAGAAAGUGACAAGGACCGGCGUCUGUCAGUGGAGGUAUGGGACUGGGAUUUGACCAGCCGGAAUGAUUUUAUGGGAUCACUCUCCUUUGGCAUCUCAGAGCUACAGAAACAAGGAAUUGAUGGAUGGUUUAAACUGCUGUCCCAGGAGGAAGGAGAAUACUUCAGUGUUCCUGUCCAGCCAGACGGAGAAGAGGGGAGCGAGUCGAUACGAAGGCAGAUUGAUAGGGCAAAAAUAGGUCCAGGGAAGCCGUCAGACUCAUCCUCGUCCUCGGUUUGUAAGUACGACAGCAACGGCAAUCAGGACCGUGUCAAACUCGCAGACUUCAACUUUAUCAUGGUUCUGGGCAAAGGCAGCUUUGGAAAGGUGAUGCUGGCAGAAAGGAAAGGUACGGAUGAGUUGUAUGCUGUCAAAAUCCUAAAGAAGGAUGUGGUAAUCCAAGAUGAUGACGUAGAGUGCACCAUGGUGGAGAAAAGGGUUCUGGCUCUGUCUGGCAAACCUCCGUUCCUCACUCAGCUGCAUUCAUGUUUCCAAACCAUGGACCGGUUGUAUUUUGUCAUGGAAUAUAUCAACGGAGGAGACCUCAUGUAUCAAAUCCAACAGGUUGGCAAGUUCAAGGAGCCCCAUGCUGUGUUCUAUGCAGCAGAAAUUGCCAUUGGCCUCUUCUUCCUUCACUCCAAAGGCAUUGUGUAUCGAGACCUGAAGCUGGACAAUGUGAUGUUGGACUCUGAAGGCCACAUAAAGAUUGCAGACUUUGGCAUGUGCAAAGAAAACAUGUUUGAUGGCAUUACAACAAAGACGUUUUGUGGGACACCAGACUACAUUGCUCCAGAGAUCAUUGCUUAUCAGCCUUAUGGGAAGUCUGUGGACUGGUGGGCUUUUGGAGUACUGCUUUAUGAAAUGCUUGCCGGACAGCCUCCAUUUGAUGGUGAAGAUGAAGAUGAGUUGUUCCAAUCAAUCAUGGAGCAUCAUGUCUCUUACCCUAAAUCCAUGUCCAAAGAAGCUGUUGCUAUCUGCAAGGGGCUGAUGACCAAACACCCAGGGAAGCGUCUUGGCUGUGGCCCAGAGGGAGAAAGGGACAUCAAGGAGCAUGCCUUCUUCCGCUAUAUUGACUGGGAAAAGCUAGAGAAUAAGGAGGUUCAGCCUCCUUUCAAACCAAAAGCGAAAUCUCGCAGCGAUGUUGGCAACUUUGACAAGGAGUUCACCAAGAUGGCGGUGGAGCUGACACCGACAGACAAACUCUUCAUCAUGAACCUGGACCAGAAUGAGUUCCAAGGCUUCUCCUACACCAAUCCUGAAUUCGUUGUACAAGUCUGAGGACAUCCCGGUGGUUAGAUGAGGCACAGAAAAAAUAAUCCAAACAGCUCAGCUCUAGUACUGUGCAAAAGUUUUCAACAAUUCCAUAUCAUUUACACUAUUUCUGCCAAAUUGCCUUGGAAUCUUAUAACCUCAGUAAAAACUCUCCCCUCUUUCUGAAGGGCUCUAAAAGCUUUUCUUUGGACAUUCACUGCUUUUUUUUUACUCCUUUUAUCUGAGCAUGACAUCUUCUUGACAAGAUUACUUCAUGAAAUAAAUGUUGGCCAAGUUAGUCAGAUGUCUUCGAUUCACUGCAUUUUAUAUAGCAAAUACUGGUUUAAAGCACCAUUACCAAAGGUUCACUAGAUGUUAGAAAAAGAUUUGGACUAAAACAUUAGGUCAAACAACAGCUUCAACAUAAAUGCUUCCUAUGUGGAGCUUUGCUUAAAGGGAUGCAGUUCAGCUUCUAAAACAGAAGAAACAAAGACAAUUUUGUAGUAGCAACUGCAGUGUGUUAUUAUCAAAGUCAUAAAAACCUUUCAACUGAUUUGUUCAUUCAAAUUUGCAACCCUCAUCUGUACCAGAGUUAGCAGGAGGUUUUCUCCAAAUUUUCUCGAUGAUUCUCUGUGCUGAGAAAUGCUGUUUUUGUCUGGCUUAGCAAAUGGGUAAAAGAUCUUAUCCUCCCGCAGAUAUCAUGUUUUAAUAAAGGAAAACAUGCUGCUCGCUAGUUUUAAGCACUGGUCUGUUGACAUGCAUGCAGCUUUUUCACUUGUUAAAUUGUAUAUUAUCAACUUCAUUUGACUAAUUUGCUUUGAUUUUUCAAGGUCAACCAGUUGUUCUUGUAGCCCCACAAAAACUCUUUCAGCAUGUUUUAGUUCAGUCACUCUUUCAGUGUCUAAGUAUUUUUAUGCAUAAGUGAUGACUAUAAUGACAAAGAAAAUUUCUGCAUACUGGAGUAAAACUGAGAGGAAUGAGAUGCCAAAGUCCAAAGAAAACUUCAACACAUCUUCAAAUAAUAAACAGAACCGUUUCUUCAGACUAUAUUCCAUAGUUUCCUGAAAAACAAAUGAUGAAGGAAUGAUGGAUGAUUCAAGUCUUUUGCACAGUACUGCAUAUUUUGCCACUAACCUAAUUGCAUGCCAGGAAGACAAAUUGACACCAUGUCAUUUAAACACUUAUAUUUUUACUGGGAGUGAUUAUGAGAAUUUUCUUCAAACAGAAGAAUCCCACAAAUGACCUUCUACCAGAGUGGUGAUGUUCACAUCUCCAGGAAACAGCAGCAGUAGAUAACGUUCACAUGACUCACCAUUUACAGCCAACAUGUACCUUUGCGCUAUGUUGAUCAUGAAUAGUGUGUAUGUUUACUUGAUUUCCUUCUCCUAUGCUAGCGAGAGUGAGGUCAUGAAUAUUUUAUAAUCAAUAAGUCAAACAUGGCAACAUGUCAGAACUGACAGGAGUUCAGAGGGGUGCAAGAUUCAGAUCUGGGAUUUAUAACCUCAUGUCUAAGAUAGUCCUGUACUUAGUCUUAAGCAUGCCUUGUCUUCCAAAUUGAUGCAAAAAAAGAAAAACCUAUUAUCUUUCUCACAUAGUCUCAUGACUGUUUGCUUUGCAGUGGGUUGGUGCUGUGUAGGUCGUUACAGUUCAUGUGGUGGAGCUCCUCUAUGCAUGCCAUAUUUGUUGGUACUGUAGUUAAAGAUUUUUACACUGAACAAAAAUACUAAUGCCCCAUGUCAAAUAUUUUAUGAACAUUUGGGUUAUUGUUAUGUGCCUUUUUUCCCUAGAUUAUUUGUAUUAAUUUUAGUUGAAUAUUUUUUUCUUUUGUUUAAUACUUUGGAGUUUGGAUAAUUCCUUUCUUGUAAUUUGUCUCGUUAAUUUGUGGCUGUUGGACCGCCUAUAAAUAGGCUGGGUUGCGUCAGGUGAAGGGCGAUGACCACCACCAAUCACCACUGAGAAUGCGAUCUGACGUGGUGAGCAUAUCUCUACUCGUACCUGACGUCUCCAGCCUGCCAUGUGGUAUUUUUUUAUUCGCUCUUUGUUUGUCUGCUGGUUUUUGUUCAUUGUGAGUUUGGCCUGGUGGGACCGAUUGUCCUGUUUUCGAUUUACUUCUUUGCAGUAGAUUCCAUGUUUCGGUAGUCUGGUACUUGCAGGGGCUUCGACGGGCCUGUAAAGGGUUGGCCCCCUGCUGUACCGUUUUGUUCUUUUUGAUCGCCUUAUCAGGUCCAACUUUCUGUUCAUACUUUGGAAUUUUUGGUUUCUUUUUCCUUUGGGACAUGGGGAACUGAGGAUUCAAUUCUCUUUUUUCUUCCACAGGAAAAUCAAAAGAAGCAGAACCAAAAGAAAUGGUCAAGAGAGUUUUGAAACAAAAUUACUUUUUGAAUCCUCAGUUUUGCCUACAUGUCCUCAAAUAUGUUGUGCCCUUUGUGGACGUAACAGUUAUGCAAUAUAUAGAGAAACUCAAAAUAUAUUUUCAGUAAUUACUGAUCUUCAUAUCAGCAUUAAUAACAUCAUGGUAUGUCUAUUUGUAGCAGAUUGACAGUCCUUUGAACAUGACAGAAUGAAUGAAGAAUUCGAUUUUGACCAAGUUGGCUUCCCGUAUGCAGUCUGACAUGUCUAUUGUGCAGACCAAUAGUUUCAUUAGUCGUGUGUGUCGCUGGUCGUAGCCGAUCCUGCAGAUAGACGAGUCGGAUGUGGGGAUCUUGUGCUGGAGUGGUCACAUGUGGCAGAUGAGGAUGAGGUCGAUUUGCAGUAAUGUCAGUCUGUUGGAAACCAACUCUUAAACGGCCUAUGGUCCCAUAAUGGACAUUGAGCCGUGCAGCUACUGCUCUGGUGGACAUCCCUGCAUCCAACAUGCCAAUGGCACCUUCUGCAUAACUUGCGACAUCUGAGGAAUUAUUAGUUGUGACAAAGUUUGACAUUUUGGGGUGGCCUUUUAUUGACCAGUCCAAUGGUUGUCCAGUUGUUGCUCAUUUUAUCUGAUCAUGCAGUGGACAUGUCCCACCCAUGAACUGAGUAAAAAAAAAACAACUCGCUGAGUAAUGCUCACCGACAGCCAAUUGGACUAAAAAUUAUUCACACAUAAAAGAAAUAUUGCUUUUGCACAAUAAAAGUCAGCAAAUGCUCAUUGACAGUUAACUCCACAUGGAAACAAUAGUUGACAUGUGGUGUUUAUGUUUUUGUUCAGUGUGUUUUUGUUUUUUGACAACAUGGAGGAGAAAACCUUGUGUCCUGAAUGUCAGUUCUUGAAACUUCACAUGUGAAUUCUGCUUUCAUUUCCUCCCCAAAAUGCUGAAAAGUCCACUGCUUCAAAAACUCCUGGGAGAUGAUGAAAUUUCAGGAGAAAAACUUAAGAACUUGAUGUAUACUUCUGUAAGACUUGUGUUUCAGUGUAUGUGUCAAUAUGAGCGAGGAAUUAGAGGUAGGUGUGUUUUUCUUGUAAUAAUACAAUUCUCUACUAUUCCUCACAGUCCAGCCACUUUGCAUUUUUUCCCCCACACAGUUUCAGAGUUAUUCAUAUUUGUCUUCCACUUUUUAUCUUUUCCACUUUCUGGCUUUAGAAUUUGCACUUUAUUGUUAUAAAUUCUUUUUUCCUACUUCUGUACCAGAAUCACAUCUUUAUUUUAAGGUAAUGAAAUGAUCAAGUCAAUAUUUGGAAAUAAGAAGAGACUUACUAUGCAAAAGAAAGAAGGUCAAAAGGAAAAGAAGAAACCCUGAGAGAAUAAAAGGACAUAAUAGAUAUGAUGCAUGCAUCAUCUUUAGCUGAAGAGACAGAUACAAAAGACAUUAAAAUAUUAUCAUACAAUCA